CGCAGGUAACAUGGAGCCCUGCUUAGAAAACGUGAAAGCUAUCAGGAGAAGUAAAGAGGAGAAGAAACUUCUCCGAAAACAAAUCAAAGCCAGUCAUACUUUACUGAAACAUGAGGGUAUUAGCACAGUAUCAAAGCCCACCAAGAGCCUGGUGGUGGCUAACGGUGGAUUAGGCAACGGUGUGAGCCGUGAGCAGCUUCAGGUGGUGCUGGGAGAGGGCGGCGAUGUUGAAACCCUGAUUAUGCACCCCCACAAACCAUACGCCCUGGUUACCUACAGGACAGAGGUCAGCGCCCAGAGAGGGCACGUCCUUCUCAACGGACGACAGCUGCAGUGUGGGGACCAGGUUGUCACACUCUACUUAAGCUAUGUUGACACAGUGGACAGUGAGUCAGGCGUGUGUGCGGUCCUGCCACCAGGCUUGGUGCUGGUUGAGGAGUUUGUGUCUCUGGAGGAAGAGGCUCUCCUACUGGACGCUAUUGACUGGAAGUCCCACGAUGAGGAAGUCACUGUGCAGAAAGCCCUGAAGCACAGGAGAGUGAAGCACUAUGGGUAUGAGUUUCGCUAUGACAACAACAAUGUGGACAAGGACAAACCGCUACCUGGAGGUCUUCCGCAGGCAUGUGUCUUUGUGCUGGAGAGGUGUGUGAGAGACCGACAUGUCAAAGUCAUGCCAGACCAACUGACUGUUAACCAGUACCAAGCUGGACAAGGUAUUCCUCCUCAUGUGGACACUCACUCGGCCUUUGAAGAGCCCAUCCUCUCCCUAAGCCUGGGUGCCAAGACGGUAAUGGAUUUCCGGCAUCCUGAUGGCCGCUCAGUUGCCGUGGUGUUGCCGGGGCGCAGUCUCCUAGUGAUGAAAGGAGAGAGCAGAUACCUGUGGACCCAUGGGAUAACCCCCAGGAAGUUUGACGUGGUGCCAGCCUGUGACCCAGAAUCCCCUGUAGCAGUGACCUCUGACUUCAGUAACCAUAGCAACCUCACCCUAAGCAGACGGGGAACCAGGACCUCACUCACCUUCCGUAAUGUGCGCCGUACACCUUGUGACUGCGCGCACCCCUCAGCGUGUGACAGCCAGCAGGCCCCUCCCUCGCCCCCCUCCCUACCUCGCAGCCAGACAGAUGCGUGCCGCCUGGAGGCGGAGUAUGUGCACAGCGUGUACGAGGAGAUCGCCGGUCACUUCAGCAGCACUCGACACUCGCCCUGGCCACGCGUGUGUCACUUCCUGUCUUCCCUAGAACCCGGAAGCAUUGUCGCUGACGUGGGCUGCGGGAAUGGGAAGUACCUGGGCGUCAACCCAGAAGUGUUUGCGAUGGGCUGCGACCGAAGCUGUGCCCUGGUCCAGAUCUGUUCUGAGCGAGGCUUCCAGGCCUUUGUGUCAGACGCCCUCAGCGUACCUCUCCGCAGUGACAUCUGUGACGCCUGCAUCUCUAUCGCAGUCAUACACCACCUCUCCACACAGGAGAGGAGGCAGGCUGCAGUUGAGGAGCUGGUUCGGCUUCUGAGGCCAGGAGGAAGGGCUCUGAUCUAUGUGUGGGCUCUGGAACAGGAGUACAACAAGCAGAGGUCCAAAUACCUCAAAGAGACCAGAGAGCAGGCUCCUCCAGGCAACUCUACAGACGACCACAACCAGGAGACAAAGGGCCUUACAGGCAACUCUACAGACGACCACAACCAGGAGACAAAGGGCCUUACAGUCAACUCUACAGACGACCACAACCAGGAGACAAGGGGCCUUACAGGCAACUCUACAGACGACCACAACCAGGAGACAAGGGGCCUUACAGGCAACUCUACAGACGACCACCACCAGGAGAAAAAGGGCCUUACAGGCAAUGCUGUAGACUCCCACAACCCUGCACAGGAUCCUUCAAGCAUGGUCAUGGAAUGCAGCAAGGUUCUCCCAGUGAAAGACAGUCCAGUGAAACUGAGCGUUCACACUAACCGCACUGCCUUCAACUCCCAGGACCUGCUGGUGCCCUGGCACCUCAAGGAUGGAGGGAUAAAGAAGGGGGGACGAGUCUCCAAAAUGACUAAAGACCCUCCCAUUGACACAAAGUCCCCUGUCCUUGCUCCCUGCCCAGUUUUUCACCGCUUCUAUCAUGUGUUCCAGCAGGGGGAGCUAGAGGAACUGUGUGCCAGGAUUACAGGAGUAAUGGUACAGUGCAGCUACCAUGACCAGGGGAAUUGGUGUGUUAUACUGGAAAAGACUAGAGACCGAUAAAUACUUAAGAUUUCAGUCAAUGAGAUGCAUAGAAUAUGAAAAUAAAAAAUAAACAAUUAUGCGAGCCAGUGAUCUGUUUUAUUGUCCCUUAUUGUAAAUAAUA